ACGCCAGGCCGGAAGUGUGCUCCCAGGGCGGCAGACACGAAACAACACAUUUUCUGUGUGUUUUUGUCACUUAUUGACACUUAUCUUCAUGUUAGUGCCAGCAAAUAUUGUAAUAGUUGGUCAAACAUGUCGAUAGUGACGCUGCAGUUGGGUCAAUGCGGCAACCAGGUCGGCUCGGAACUAUUUGACAACAUCUUUAAUGACAGCCAAGCAGAUAGAAGCACAACAUUUUCUACUGCGAGCUCUGAACGUUUCUUCCAUCAAAGUCAACAAGGAGACUUUGUUGCCAGGGCGGUGCUGAUCGACAUGGAGCCCAAGGUGAUCAGGCAGAACUUGAGCAGGCCCACAAAGUGGAAAUACGAGCAGGCGUCCAGCUUCACCCAGCGCCAAGGUUGUGGGAACAACUGGGCCAACGGGUUUUGCGUCCAGGGUCCCGCUCAAAGCGAAGCGAUGGAGAACCUGGUGAGGCGACAAGUGGAGCGUUGUGAGCGACUGAGCGGCUUCCUGCCUGUGAUGAGCGUGGCGGGCGGGACGGGUUCUGGCGUGGGGACCUUCGUCACUCAGCGCCUGCGGGACUCCUACCCCAAGUCCUUCCUGGUCAACCAUCUGACGUGGCCGUACAGCCAAGGAGAAGCGGUGGUCCAGAACUACAACUCGCUGCUGACGCUGCGUCACGUCUGCCAGCUGUCUGACGCCCUGCUGGUGCAGGAGAACGACGUGGUGCACGCCAUCUGUGGUCAGAUGCUGCGCCUCAAGCACGUCUCCAUCAACCACAUCAACAAGGUCAUCGCUCAUCAUCUGGGCGCCGUCCUGCAGCCCGCCCUCAGCGCCGACUCCCACGGCGUCUACAGCAGGAACCCCCUGGGUGAGUUGGUGAGCUGCCUGGCGAGUCACUCCGAGUACAGGCUGCUCAGCAUCAUCAGCGUGCCUCACAUCCCCGCCCCCUCCAUGGCGUUCAGCACCUUCCACUGGCCUGUGCUGCUCAAACAUCUGCGCCAGAAGCUGCUGUCCAACAGCAAGAUGGAGGCAGGCAAGGUGUCCUCGGCAGGUGUCAGCCCGCGACCUUUCAACGUGUCCUUGGCCAACCUGCUGGUCCUCAGAGGCAAAGACGUCUUCACAACAGAAACUGGCGACUUUGGCGAGGCUGGUCUCUACAGCGACUGGCUGCCGGCCAAGGAGGCGCUCAGCGUGUGGAAAAGUCCGGUGGCGUUCAACAAGUACGAGAAGACGGCCACGCUGGUCAGCAACAGCCAAGCUCUGAUGGAACCUUUGGACCACAUUGUGAGGAAAGCCUGGAGCUUGUUUGCUUGCAGAGCUUUCAUCCAUCAUUACUCCAAGUUUGGCGUCACAGAAGAGGACUUCCUGGACAGUUUCGCUUUUGCCGAGCAAAUCCUUUCUAGCUACGGUCAGCUGGGCGGCAACACAUCUUAGCUCAUCUUUUUGAAGGAUAAAUAAGAAGUCAUCUUUUUGCUGGAUAAAUAAGAAGUCAUCAUUUUGAAGGAUAAAUAAGAAGUCAUCUUUUUGCUGGAUAAAUAAGAAGUCAUCUUUUUGCUGGAUAAAUAAGAAGUCAUCUUUCUGCUGGAUAAAUAAGAAGUCAUCUUUUUGCUGGAUAAAUAAGAAGUCAUCUUUCUGCUGGAUAAAUAAGAAGUCAUCUUUCUGCUGGAUAAAUAAGAAGUCAUCUUUUUGCUGGAUAAAUAAGAAGUCAUCUUUUUACUGGAUAAAUAAGAAGUCAUCUUUCUGCUGGAUAAAUAAGUCAUCUUUCUGCUGGAUAAAUAAAAAAGUCAUCUUUUUGCUGGAUAAAUAAAAAAGUCAUCUUUUUGCUGGAUAAAUAAAAAAGUCAUCUUUCUGCUGGAUAAAUAAGAAGUCAUCUUUCUGCUGGAUAAAUAAAAAGUCAUCUUUUUGCUGGAUAAAUAAGAAGUCAUCAUUUUGAAGGAUAAAUAAGAAGUCAUCUUUUUGCUGGAUAAAUAAGAAGUCAUCUUUUUGCUGGAUGACUGGACAAAAGCAGCAAAUACUUCACAUUACACCCUUCUUAUAUUAUAUCAUCUUCUUCCAAAUGUUGCCUAAUCUAUUGUUCAAAACAGGUACAGACUCAUGUGCUUUUUUUGACUGAAUCCCGCCGGUUCUCGCGAGAACUGACUCCAUUCAACUCCACCUGUGUCGCACGUGACGUCACGUCCGGGUCAGCCAGAUCCAACUCGGUCUUUAACUAUAAACUUUAUAAAUGAUAACUGCGACCAUUAAUAUUACAUUUUUCAAUUAAAAUGACAUUUUCAAUUAAAAUGACGGGAAACACGUGACUGACUGGCGCUUGCGAGCUAGCUUAAAUGCUAACAUAAACACGACAUGGUCUUUCCCCAUCACGAAGCCAAACACCCCCGUCUAAACGUCUAUAAAGUCCUUACCGUUUUAACAACUUAUAUAAAUAAUUGUGUACAUUGAAACAACAAGUUACAACAGAAUAAGAAGGAUCGAUCGGAGAAAUAACGACACGGAACGAGUUGUUUUUUGGUGCGUUCAAGGACUGAUGAAAAGAGUAGGACAACUUGAGGGUGAAAGGCCGCCUGAAAUAAUAAAUAAUACAUUUUAUUUGCAACACACUUUUCAUUUAAAUUGCCACAAUACAAACCAAUAUUUAAAACAAAAGUUUAACCAUUACAACGGAUAAAUGACUAAAUCACUAUCAGUGUAGCAUAAGAAACAAAACGUGCAAAAUGGUGGCUUUUUUUUUAAAUCAGUGUGUCACUUUCAAAUAACUAAAAGGAUUUCAGAGUGCACUUUUCGAGUUACCAUGGAUUGAUUAACGUGUUGAAACAAGUUGAAAAACUUAUUGGGGUGUUACCAUUUAGUGGUCAAUUGUACAUAAUAUGUACUGUACUGUGCAAUCUACUAAUAAAAGUAUAAAUUAAUUAAUCAAAACGAUGAUAAUAGGAUGUUCGCAUUGUUUUUUGAUGCGUUUAAGGACCGAUGAAAAGAAUAGGACAACUUCGGUGAAAGCCCGCCAAAAAUAAUACAUUUUAUUUGCAACACACUUUUCAUUUAAAUUGCCACAAUACAAACCGAUAUUUGAAACUAACAUUUUAAACAUUAAAACGGAUAAAAUACUAAAACACUAUCAGUGGAGCAUACGAAACAAAACAUGCAAAAUGGUGGCUUUAACAAAAAAAAAGUGUUUAAUCAUUUUCAAAUAACUAAAAUAAAGACAUUUAGAAUACACUUCUUGAGUACUUUUAUCAUUGCUGUCAUAAUUUGGUUCACAACAACUGUCAUAAAAAAUGUUCAAGUUUUUGGUGCGUUCAAGGACCGAUGGAAAGAGUAGGACAACUUCGGUGAAACCCCGCCAGAAAUAGUAAAUAAUACAUUUAAUUUGCAACAUACUUUUCAUUUAAAUUGCCACAAUACAAACCAAUAUUUGAAACUAUAACAUUUUAACCAUUAAAACGAAUAAAAUACUAAAACACUAACAGUGGAGCAUAAGAAACAAAACAUGCAAAAUGGUGGCUUUAAAAAAAAAAAAGUGUUUAAUCAUUUUCAAAUAACUAAAAUAAAGAAAUUUAGAGUGCACUUCUUGAGUACUUUUAACACUGCUGUCAUAAUUUGGUUCACAACAACUGUGAUAAAAAAAAUGUUAGUUUUUGGUGCGUUCAAGGACCGAUAAAAAGAGUAGGACAACUUCGGUGAAAGCCCGCCAAAAAUAAUAAAUUUUAUUUGCAACACACUUUUCAUUUAAAUUGCCACAAUACAAACCAAUAUUUGAAACAAUGACAUUUUAGCCAUUGAAACGGAUAAAACACUAAAACACUAUCAGUGAAGCAUAAGAAACAAAACAUGCAAAAUGGUGGCUUUAACAAAAAAAAGUGUUUAAUCAUUUUCAAAUAACUAAAAUAAAGGAAUUUUAGAGUGCACUUCUUGAGUACUUUUAACACUGCUGUCAUAAUUUGGUUCACAACAACUGUGAUAAAAAAUUUUCAAGUUUUUGGUGCGUUCAAGGACCGAUGAAAAGAGUAGGACAACUUCAGUGAAAGCCCGCCAGAAAUAAUAAAUAAUUUUAAUUUGCAACACACUUUUCAUUUAAAUUGCCACAAUACAAACCAAUAUUUGAAACAAUAAAAGUUCAGCCAUUACGACGGAUAAAUGACUAAAACACUGUCAGUGAAGCAUAAGAAACAAAACAUGCAAAAUGGUGACUUUUUUAAAUUUUGAUCGGUGUGUCAAUUAUUUUCAAAUAACUAAAAGGCUUUCAGAGUGCACUUUUUGAGUACAUUCAACAGUAUUGUCAUAAUAAUUUGUUUCACAAUAACCGUGAUAAAAAAAAAUUUUCAUAUCGUUACAUCUCUAACACUUGGUCAUCACUCCAGCAGCACUGAGAGCAGACUCAGACAAGGUAAUGUAAAUAAAAGGUAAUUUCCAGGUAAUGUUGCAAUGCCAACAAAGUGAUUGACUCAGAAUUGUAACAAUAAAACAGCAGCUGUCAGCUCAUUUUGAGAAAAGCAUAUUUUAUUGUUAAAAAGCGUAUCAACACACACAAAACGUUGGUACUGUUGAGUGUGGAGUCCCAGGCCUGGUCGGUUCUGACUGAUGGAAGCAGCCGAGGAGCUUUUUCAAAAGCUGUUAUUGUCAUUUCUCCAGCAAAUGAAAUGUAGCAGAAUGAGGAGUGUUACGCAACUUCUCACACAAAGCAGGACAUGAAACAUGAACAGGAAGUGAGAGCGCGGCGGACCCACACCUUCAGUCAGCUUACAGACUGCUGUUGCCAUGG